AUGAAGCACAAAUGUCAACGAAGAAUACGUCGUCCAGGCUUCAUCGAAGACUUGGACAUCGAGGCCUACAUGGAGGGAUGCUACCCCUCGCAGGCCAUCGACCCGAGACGGACUGCGGGCCAUCAACUCCCAGAAAGUCCACCAGACUCAGGCUCGGAGAACCCAUACAGUCCAUCCGAAACGCAAGCCCAUGCGAUCGCUGUACCUCAAACAGUCCUGGGCGCAAACUACAUGCUGGUACAAGAUCACAUUCCCACCCACGAGAUACUCCAACAAAAUGGCGAAUAUAUCUACGAGGAGUUGAAGACGGAUAAUAUAGAUCCUGAGGUUUUGAGGAGUAACCUCAAUGAUGUGGUGGUACUACCUCAAGAUCCUAGUAUUGUUGAGUUGGGGAUCAGAACGGUCAGGCAUGAUUUGGGACUUGGAGAUGUGUACCAGAAUAGGUAUAAUCAGAUGAGGGUGGAUAUGCCGGAGAUAGAACAAGGGCUGAUGACGCCACAGUUGGUCGCGUUAGGUCACGAAAGUCUCACUCCAGUGUACACCAGUCUGCAGGAACCAAACACGAAGAAACGGAAACACGAGCAGGAUGCCUCGCAGGUCAAGUGUGAGCCUGCCGCCUUAUCUCCGGAAAGCUCGCAUGUCCCUCGCGCAGCGCCCCCCUCAGUGGACGGCUCCGAGGCGGGUGAUGACGCGCCGAUGCAAUGCAUCAGGUUCUCAACAUUCCAGCAAAAUCUGUGGCACAGUUUAUAUGAUUGUAAUUUGAAGCCGCUCCAACCCCCGUCGUACGUAGUAGGCGCCGACAAAGGGUUCAACUACUCACAAAUAGACGAGGCAUUCGUCUGCCAGAAGAAGAAUCACUUCCAGGUGACCUGUCAGAUCCACAUGCAGGGGGACCCUCAGUAUCUGAAGACCAGCGAAGGGUUUAAGAAGAUCAACAAUUUCUGUCUACAUUUUUAUGGAGUUAAGGCCGAAGACCCGAGUCAAGAAGUAAGAAUUGAACAAAGUCAAUCUGAUAGAACAAAGAAACCAUUUCAUCCUGUACCGGUGGAACUCCGUCGCGAGGGUGCGAAGGUGACGGUUGGAAGGCUUCACUUCGCGGAGACUACCAACAACAACAUGCGCAAGAAGGGUCGCCCUAACCCCGACCAGCGCCACUUCCAGCUGGUGGUGGCGCUGAAGGCUCACCUCCCGCACCAACACCUGAUCGUUGCAGCCAGCGCCAGCGAUAGAAUCAUCGUUAGGGCAUCAAAUCCCGGCCAGUUCGAAUCGGACUGCACGGAGAGCUGGUGGCAGCGAGGGGUGUCGGAGAACAGCGUGCACUUCAAUGGGAGAGUCGGCAUUAACACUGACAGACCUGAUGAAUGUUGUGUUGUUAAUGGUAACCUGAAGGUGAUGGGCCACAUCCUGCACCCGUCGGACGUGCGCGCCAAGCACAACAUCGCCGAGCUCGACACGGCGCAGCAGCUCCGCAACGUGCAGAGCAUCAGGGUUGUCAAGUUCAACUACGACCCCUCGUUCGCGGAGCACUCGGGGCUGCUGGGCUACGACCCCGCGCGGCCCGCCCCCCCCCUCGACACGGGCAUCAUCGCCCAGGAGGUGCGGCGCGUGCUGCCCGAGGCCGUCAAGGAGGCGGGGGACGUCACUCUCCCUAAUGGAGACACCAUUUCUAAGUUCCUUGUCGUUAAUAAGGAUCGCAUUUACAUGGAGGGUAUCGGUGCUGUGAAAGAACUGUCGAAAGUGACGGGAAACUUGGAGUCCAGGAUAGACCAGUUGGAGAGGAUCAACAAGAAACUGUAUAAAAUCAGUAUAUUGCAGAGACGGGAUAGCUCCAGGUCUUCUGUCAGCAAUGAUUCUCGCUACUCAGCAAUCUCCAACUCCUCAAAGUCUUUAUACAGCGAUGGAAACAUAUCCAUAGACCAAAUUCGUGAUAUAGCAAGGAAUAUUCGUAAACACGAGCGUUGCCAUAAACUAAGCCAUUACUCCCCAAAACACACGAGGAAACAGUGCAAAAAUUGCCACAGCAAUUAUUCAAAAUACGGCAAAUUCUACAAUCAAAACAAAACCUGUGACGUUAGAUACCACUCCAAAAAAUUAGAAAAAGCUGAAUGCGUCGAGAAUCCGGCAUAUACAGAGUCUCAUAUGCCAUCGUACGAAGAAGAAAGCCAUAGUACACUGACAAAGAAAAAAGACACUUGUCUAUGGUUAAAGAGUGAUGACGAUUUUUCAUAUGGCAGCCCCAGGCUGGGUUUCUGCUGUAGGAAAGACUAUAGAGACUCGAACAGUGAAUUGAUUUCUAAUAAGUUUCUACAAAUUGUUAUAACAAUAUUGAUAUUUAUUCUGGCUGUCUGCCUGAUAGUAAUGUCAGCCCUGUAUUUCCAAGAGCACAAGGAGUUAAUAUCGAUAAGAGAAGCCAAUAGGUUACAGAAUGUCAACUACUACGGGUUCCACAAACCGUAUGACAGGACGAGGGAGGCGAAGGACUUCAACCACAUACAGAAUCCAAAACUGUCUCAGCAUGCGUCUUCUAGAAAAUCUGUCAAAGAGAAAGGAAAUCACAAAACCACCCAGGAGUACAUAACGACCGCUCCUACGGAAGUUCCGCACACCAUCUCAACUACAACUCAUUCUCACAAGAACUACGCCAGCAGACUCAUAAACACAGUACCGACCCUGGUACAAACUGAACGUCCCAUUUCGAGGAAGUCGGACGUGGUCGGCGGGGGAUGCUCCUCAUACGCGGUGAACACCAAUAACGAACUAGAUCCGGAAUGCCAGUCCCCGUGCAUUGAUCCACCACAAACCUACGAUAACCCAGACGACCAUUCAAAACCUGAUAAGGAGCUUAAUGACACCUACACGGGACCCCUGGAGACCCCCAAUUCACCCAAUAUCUUGCAACAUAACCAACACAACAAAUUACCUAAUAUACCAGUCAUACCAGAGAAGAAUCACACAGAGUCCGUGAAAACGGACGCUGAAACGUAUAGGAAUGAAAAUGACUCUUUCAAAAUUGAUGACAAUAUGCCGGAAAAUAAUUUCCUGGACAAUAAAUCCAAUGUGACGGAGAAUGGGAGUCGAAUGAAGAGAGAGGUUAAAAGGAAGAAGAGGGACGAGAAGAGUUCGGAAGAACAACAGCAUGAGAUUGAGGAGUGUGAAUCAGUCCGCGUGGGUAUCCAGUCGGUGAGCAAGCCUAUCCUCAAUUCUUCGCUGUUCAGCGACGUGGUCUGCGACUACAAAGUCUUCAACUUCAGCUAUGAAGUGCCACUUUCCUUAUGUCUCACACACAAACAACUGCACUUGACGUUCAGCUCAUCGAAGCUCCAAGAGUUUCGCCUCUGCCACCAAUGCAACUUCGACGCCGGUAACUCUUGCCAGUCGAGCCGGGACCCGUCCAAGGCGGCGCUCAUCGACAACGUGUGGACCAUCAAAAUCAACCUGGAGUGUAACGUGGACAAGAUGUACAGGGUGAGGGCCAGCUUCAAGCCCUUCAGAAAGGACAUCUGCACAUUAAUGGAACCAAAAACCCCAUUUAUAGAAUAUAACAUUCGUAUACACAGAGAUUGUCGCAAUUAA